UACAAGCCCAUUCCAGCACCAGUUCUCUCUUCGAAUUGCAGCUUCUCGCUAUCGCCUUUACUCCAGUCCGAUAAAUAGACUCACAAAAUUUCCAAUAGCUAUCGCUGAGGCCCAUUCACCACUUCGGUAUCAGCGACAACAGCGGCGCAUCAAGAUGGGCAAAAAGAAGCGCGGCCAUCCCGAUGUCGAGGAAAUCCUCUCCCGACCGUGGUGCUACUACUGCGAGCGUGAUUUCGAAGAUCUGAAGCUCCUCAUCUCCCACCAAAAAGCCAAGCACUUCAAAUGCGAUCGAUGUGGCCGGCGAUUGAACACCGCGGGAGGUCUCUCCGUCCACUUGAACCAGGUUCAUAAGGAGACGCUAAGUCAAGUCGAGAAUGCACUGCCCAACAGGCAGGGGCUCGAGGUCGAAAUUUUUGGUAUGGAAGGUAUUCCACAGGAGGUUCUGGAGCAGCACCGAAACCGAAUCAUUCAGAAUUUCUACCAGGCACAGGAAGAUCGCAGAAUCGCGACCGGAAAUCCGCCGCCGGGCCAAUCUAAGAACCCAAGAAAGAAGAUCAAGAUUGAGACGGCGGAAGAACUGCUCAAGAGAUUUGCUGAGUACCGCGCUCAACGAAAAGCGGUGGCGGCGAACGGUGGCGUCAUGGAGGGUGUUGUACAGACAAGCACUUCGUUCCCUCAGCAGGGGUUCAAUCAACCCGGCUUUCCUGGACAGCAGCCGCACGGGCAGGCUCCCUACAACUUUUCGACAGACUCUCUUCCCGCGCGGCCUUCAGCAAAUCUGGCCGGCGCACCAGGUUUGCCCCAGCGACCCACACAGCCCGGCUUCUGGAACGGCUCAGCCCAAGCUGCCGCUUCUGGCGAUGAAAUUGAUCAGCUGAUUCGCAUGGCCGAAGCUGGCGUUAAGCCACAGAAGAAGCCGGAAGAGGGUGAUGAGGCAGGCGAGGGCAAGAGCAAGAAGGAAAAGGACAAGAAGGGCCGGAUGAUUUACGACGACGCAGAAUUUAGUCCCGAGGAGAAGAUGGCGGCUCUAUCACGCUACGCCUACACACCGCCAGUGGGAGCUUAGUCCUUACCCAGUAAAGCUACAAAGUAGGUAUCGCCAUUCAGGGCGGGGAGGAGUACAACUCACUCUUGGUGGAGAAUAGGCACGCGAAUUGCAGCGCUCGUUUAUAGGUAUGAUGGUUGAUCUCACUUUCACAAGGAUAGGCGUCAGGGACUGUGUAUAAUACAGAGGGUUUUUCAUGCUACUACGGGUUAUGAUGCACCAGUAGGCAGAUCUCGCGUGGGAAACUGAGAUGUAUCCCAUGUCACAAUGAUACUAAUAUAACUAUAAAUUUUUGGAUGAACUCGCAAUUGGAGGGAUGAAUCAUUCGAGUUGACAUGGUAUGCUGCACAAAUGAAUCAUGCUUCAGGGCUCUCAGGUAGUAGAUAUAAGAUGAUGGUGCUGAGGCAUUUAAACUGUGACUUAUACACAGCAAGAAACAAGCAAUUAUGC